CUCAGUAUGAGGAGCUGCUGAAAGUGGAGCUGUUUUCUUUCUUUUAUUGUGAAAAGUGGAGGCGCUAUAAAGACUGACCUGUCCAUCCUGAGGGACAGGAUGUCUCCGCUGCAGCUGUCCGUCUACUGGCGUCUCUGUCUCCUCUUCUUCUUCACCUCCUUCCUCUUUUUCCUCGACAUUUUCACCGCCGCCGUCGUCGCGGCCUCCUGUCGCCAUGGCAAUGGCACCGGCCGCGCGGACUCGCUCCUGCAUGGGACGUUGGCACGAAACGCCGAGGGCAACCAAUCAGAGCCCGGGGAAGGUCCGGAGAGCGAAGCUGAUUGGAGGACGGAGAGCGGGAACGGAGACUCAGUGUGUGGUUGGACAGGCUGGUUGUCGUACGGUCAGACUCUCUACAUGGUCGGCCUGCUGCUGGGAUCUCUGUUCGGAGGAGCGAUCUCCGACCGGUACGGGAAGCGUCCGGUGCUGCUGGUGUGUGUGUGUGUGCAUGCCGUGUGCGGCCUGGUGCCCGCCGUCCUGCCUCAGCCCUUCCUGUUCCUCGCCGUCCGUUGCCUGACGGGCGUCUGCUGCUGCUGCAUCAACAUCUGCUCCUUCAGUCUGGCGGUGGAGUGGACGCCGCCGGCCGCCCGUCUCUGGCCGCCGGCCGUCCUGCCGUUCUGCUUCAGUCUGGGGACGAUGGGCGGAGCUCCGCUGGCCUGGCUCAGCCCCACCUGGACACAGCUGCACCUGUCGCUGUCUCUGCCUCAGCUCGUCUGUCUGCCGCUCUGCCUUUCGAUCCCAGAGUCUCCUCGCUGGCUGCUGUUAAGGAGGAAGACGGAUGUCCUGGAGCGUUACCGUAGCAACAGCCCUGAAGACAAACAGUGUCUGGACUUGCUGUUGGACUCGGCGUGGUCCAACCUGCAGAAAGCCAUCGAGGCUCAAAACGAGCAGCCAACGGGAGGCCACGCCCCCAGUGACAUCAUCCAUCUGAGACACCCGACUGUCCUGCUGCGGCUGUUUAUCAUGAGCUACCUGAGCGCAGCAUCGGCGCUCACGUACUUCGGCAUCUGCAUGAACAUCGGCUCUUUCGGCGUCGGCAUUUACUCCGCCCAGUUCUUCUCCGGCCUAUCAGAAGCUCCCUGCCUGCUCGUCCCACUGGUUCGCCUGGGGCGCCGGCCAAUCAGCAUGCUUGCUCUGUUUCUGAGCGGAGCGGCCUGCUUCCUGUCGUUACUGCUGUCCAGAUACAACAGUGAGCCGGUGCUGGUGAUGAGUCUGGCUUUGCUGGGGAAGCUCUGCAUCCUGGCCGCCAUCUUCAUUUCCAUACUGUACAGCAUCGAGCUGUUUCCCACCGUGGUCAGACAGCGAUGUUUGUCUCUGGUUAAUCUGUGUUUCCGGCUUGGCUGCUUGGUCAACUCCCUCGUCCCCUCCAACCCAAAUGGAGCAAUCUCAUUGGCCGCCAUGGUCGUGUACAGCAGCGGACCGAUCAUAGGCUGUGGUCUGUGCCUGCUGCUGCCGGAGACCAGCGGCGUCCCGCUGCCAGAUUCAGUGGAGGACUGUGACAGGCAGCCUCGGCCCCGCCCACCCAGCAUUGGCUCCCUGUGGAGGAAACG